AGAGGCUGACGGUGGUGCAGAAUUGAGGUCUGUGGUGAGAAGGGGCAUAAGAACAGGGGGCUGCAGCCCGAAUCCCUUUAACAAGGGGGAGUGCUUUUCUACCAGAGCGCAUCGUGGAGAAGAAAAGAAGCCAAAAUAGACAGAGAAUUGGAGCAGCCACCACUUGGUUGACAGCUCCAGAAUGGAUCUUCUUGUCCAGUUUGGAAGGCAGUGAUGGCGCUGCAGCUAUUUGCAAGACCUGUCACAUGGCUCCUCGCUGAUACACUGUGCUUAAUUCCUCAGAAGACAUUCGGUGUGUCCUCUGCUGCAGCUGCCAUUCAAAAAAUGACCAGAGUGCGAGUGGUGGAUAACAGCUCUCUCGGGAAUACACCUUACCACCGGCCUCCAAGAGUGAUCCAUGUAUACACCAAGAACGGCGUUGGAAAAGUUGGUGACAAAGUGUUGCUGGCCAUAAAAGGACAGAAGAAAGCAGCACUAAUUGUUGGUCACAAAAUGCCAGGAGAACGUAUGAAUCCACGCUUCGAUUCAAAUAAUGUCGUUCUGAUCGAGGAGAAUGGGAACCCCACAGGAACAAGGAUUAAGGUUCCCAUACCCACUCAUUUACGUAAACGAAUGGAGGGUGACUACUCAAAGGUGCUGGCAAUUGCUAGUUCUUUUGUUUGAUUGAAAAUCUCUCCACUUGGUCGUUUUGUCAAUUAUAGUAUUGUUUGUAAUAGGCUCAAGUUUGUUUGACAGUCAUCUAUUUGCUUACAAUAAAUACAACCUUUACCUUAAA